AGAUGAUUAAGUUUAUACUCCAGCUGUCCAUGGGACACUACAUAGUAGUGGGAGGGGAAAAAAGCUUGGUUGCCUCCUUCCUUUCCUCUCUUUCCUCCCUCGUUCUCCUUCGCCUCCUUCGCCCACUUCGACCCAGAGCGCCACCAGAUUUAGACGCCUCCGUGGCCGGAAUUCCGCCGUCGUACUGGCCGCCGGUGGCUGUGGAGGAUCCUGUGUUGGGCUCGAGUGUUGGCGGCCGCUGGCGCCACCUCUCUGCGCCGGAUCCGGGACCUUCCACACCGUCGGCAAUGAAGAUGGCUCGGAGCUCCUCCUUCUUUUCCUCCCUUGCUAGAUCCACCUCAAAGCUCACACCUUUGGCCGUUUUCCUGGCGUUCUUUCUAGUCUUUUCCUCGCUACCUUCCACGGAAGCUUAUGAUUCACUUGACCCAAAUGGGAACAUAACAAUCAAAUGGGAUAUUAUGCAGUGGACUCCAGAUGGUUAUGUUGCUGUUGUUACAAUGUACAAUUUCCAACAAUACCGUCACAUCCAAGCACCGGGAUGGACUUUGGGAUGGACAUGGGCAAAGAAGGAGGUAAUCUGGUCGAUGGUUGGAGCACAAACUACAGAGCAGGGUGAUUGCUCGAAAUUUAAAGGGAACAUUCCUCACUGCUGUAAGAAGGAUCCGACAGUUGUUGAUCUACUUCCAGGAACUCCAUACAACAUGCAGAUUGCAAAUUGCUGCAAGGGGGGUGUUAUUAGUUCAUGGAUUCAAGACCCGGCCAAUGCUGCAAGUUCUUUUCAGAUCAGUGCAGGCCGAGCAGGAACCACCAACAAGACUGUCCGUGUGCCCAAAAACUUCACCCUCAAUGCUCCUGGUCCGGGAUAUACAUGUGGGGCUGCGAAAAUUGUGAAACCUACUAAAUUUGUUACGGCGGAUGGAAGGAGAACAACCCAAGCUCUGAUGACAUGGAAUGUUACGUGUACAUAUUCCCAGUUUCUUUCUCAGAAAACUCCCACAUGCUGUGUAUCACUUUCAUCUUUCUACAAUGACACAAUUGUCAACUGCCCAACAUGCACCUGUGGCUGCCAAAACAAUAUAACUCAGCCGGGAAGCUGUGUAGAGGGCGAUUCACCAUAUUUAGCCUCUGCUCUUAAUGGGCCUGGAAAAUACAGCUAUACACCGUUAGUCCAGUGUACAUCUCAUAUGUGCCCAAUAAGAGUGCAUUGGCAUGUUAAGCUCAACUACAAGGAAUAUUGGCGAGUGAAGGUCACAAUAACAAAUUUCAAUUACCGGAUGAACUACACACAAUGGAACUUAGUUGUCCAACACCCUAAUUUCGACAAUCUCACUCAAAUCUUUAGCUUCAAUUAUAAGUCGUUGACUCCUUACGGAGGGAUAAAUGAUACUGCAAUGUUAUGGGGUAUCAAGUACUACAAUGACUUACUCAUGGCUGCUGGACCCCUUGGAAAUGUCCAGUCCGAACUUCUAUUUCAGAAGGACUCGUCAACCUUCACUUUCGAGAAGGGAUGGGCCUUUCCACGGCGUAUAUACUUCAAUGGUGAUAACUGUGUCAUGCCCUCUCCAGAUGCAUAUCCAUGGCUACCAAAUGCCAGUCCUCGAUUGUUGGGCCCCUCGCUUCUUCCGGUCGUGCUCUUCUGGGCCAUGUUGGCAUUCUUGCUGGUUUAUGUCUAGGACCUUGCAACUGUCGGAAAACAUUUGAUUGAUCUGUAAUAUCUACACGAGUUGCAGAAAGUUUCUAGGAGUGGAUUUUGAUUUCUUCAAGGCAAGUUGGAUAAAUUAGCUUGCUACAAAGCAGAUUCAGGUGUGUCAUGCUCAGCCAGACAAAUUGCAUCUACUGUGUUGUAUAUUGGCGUUUUGAAUCCACUCCCCUGGCUGGUUACAUCAGUCUGUUAUAGCACUUAAUUUUCUAGCAUGUAAUUUAUUGUCAUUUAUGUGGCCAUCAUGGUUGUAGCGGAAUGGAAGACGGUGUUUAUCUACAUCAAAUAAAUUUCAUAAACACAUAACUUAUUUGUUGUGGAAGGUGAAAAUUUUCAUUCCA